AUGGUAGCCGGUUCCGCGCCGUUCUUCAUCGCGCCCGGCGUCACGGUAAUGCUCGUCGCCUGCGUUCUCGUCAUCUUAUGGGCCCUGCGGCGUGGGGCCGGCGCCCGCGCAGCCGCCCAUCAGGAGCGUGCACUCGCCGCGGAGGACGGCGGAGGCAAGGGCCUGUCUGCGGACGAGCUCCAGGCGCUUCCGUGCCAUGACUUCUUCUCCGAUGGCGCCGCGGCCGCCGACUGCUCGGUGUGCCUGGAGGCGUUCGAGGCCGGCGAGCGGUGCAGGCGGCUGCCGAGGUGCGGGCACAGCUUCCACGCCAGGUGCGUCGACCCGUGGCUGGAGAAGAGCCGCUUCUGCCCCGUGUGCCGCGCCGACGUGGUGCCCGUGGAGCCGGAAGGCGAGCUCGUCAAGGUGGCCGGGGAGGGCACUUUGGCGGAGCCAGCUUUGGCGGCGGAGAUGGCGUUGGACAGGAGAAACGCGGCCACGUUGGAGAUCGUGGUGAUUGAAAGGCUGCAGCAGUACAGUUGGACUCUUCAUCCCGGGGUCCUGUUGCGCUAG